UGCGUUCCCACAAGGAUAGACUCGGAAGUCCUAACUCACGGUUCAGGAGGACGGAGAACGGUCAUUUCCGCAAUUGGGACAGCAGCUGACUUGAUGAUGUCACCACGUCGAAUAGACAUUAUUUUUAAAGCCGUGGCUCACUUGACCGCAGUAUGUGUCUGCUGAACACCUGAGAGUGACUUAACUGAUCGAACCCAGAAAAUCUAAAACUGAUGGAAGACAACCAAACCCAGAAUUGCAGUAUGGUGCAAUGUAUAAUUAUUAAGCUACAGGUGAUAAAAAAUGUACUAAAAAACCUUGAGGGCAACACUAAAGACGUUUCCUCAUACAGCGAGUUGAAUGACAACGUAACCCCACAGAUUGUUGCUGUUGUCAAUCAUAUGGAGUAUAUUUUGUCUUUCCUAUUGCAAGAGGAUGCAGACCCAAACAAGAUGUCGCAAAACGGCUUAACACCUUUACAUCAUGCAUCUCUAUCCAAAGCACCUCCUGCUUUUGUGACAAAACUGCUGGAAUAUAAUGCGGCUCCGAAUGCAUGUGAUCUCCAUGGGGAAGAGGAUUUGAUGUCUCUGCAAAUUGCAGCCAAGUUCCUUGCAUCUUUUCUUGUAUAUUAUUUUGCCUUUUCAUCGUGUUACGGUGCUGUACUUCAAGCGGUCAGUCCAUGCUUCAGCACACAAACCUUGGACUGUGAAGAUGGGACAAACUCAACUAGAGGUAAUUAUAGAACGGACCAGCAAGAAAGUCCAAACGACUCAGCUGCUGCAGAAUCUCCUCAACCUGGUACAUCAAAAACUAUGCAAACAUGUGAAAUCAGCAAGAGAUGGAGAGAGAAGUUCAUCAAGAUUUAUCACAGCAUUCAAAAAAAGACCAAGAUAACCAGGGUCGGAAACCUGAUGUAUGUGAAUGAUGAAGAAUUCCGCAUAGCUACAGGUAGUGAUGGUACUCAGGUGUAUCUGGGUUACAGAGAUGAUGGCACUGAAGUUGCAAUCAAGAAAAUUAUCAAAUUCAACUAUGAAAACCUGAAAAAUGAGGUAAAGAUUCUAAGGCUUCCAGAGCUUGAUCAUCAAUUGAUUGUGCGAUAUGUUGACAUGGCGGAAGAUGAGGACUUUGGAUAUAUUGCACUUCAACUUUGUGAAUACACCCUGGACGAAUACAUGAAAGAAAAGAAAGGUGAUAGUUCGCUGAUGAAGGAGCUUGUCGAACAAUUCCUCCAGAGUUUAAAGGUGCUUCAUUGUGGCUCGAGUCCUUCAAUCCUCCAUCGGGAUCUCAAACCACAGAACGUUUUGAUCGAUGUUUUGGACAGGGUCAAGUUAGCGGAUUUUGGCAUAAGUCGACGGUUACCCGGAGGCCGCAGCACGUAUUGCUCCGGCAGGGCAGGAACAAAAUGCUGGAUCGCCACAGAGAUUUUAGGAGGAGGAGAUGACGGCGUGCCCUACAAGCGGAGCACCGACAUCCAGGUGGCAGGCAUGCUGAUAUAUUACAUCCUUUCUGAAGGACACCAUCCUUUUGGUGACAUUCCCAUCGAAUGUGAUCACAACAUUUUAAAUGGUAAAUACACUUUGGACCUUGUUCAAGAUGUGCUGGCAAAGGAUCUCAUUGAGUCGAUGAUCGAUAAAGAACCAAAGAAUAGACCUCAAGUGGAAGAAUGCUUGAGUCACCCUUUCUUCUGGACCCCAGUCAGAAGAUUAGGCUACAUUCAAAAAGUUGGAGACCGGCCUGAUGUGCAAAACUAUCGAAAUCCUGAAGUUAAAUUGAUAUCUUCGCUGGAGGAACAUCCUGGUACUGGAGCCUUCAAACAGUGGAAAGAUAAGUUUCCAUCAGAGCUGGUCAAAAAGAUGGAAAAGUACUCGAAAGUACCCUACCCUGACCAUAUGUUGGCAAUGUUGCGCUUCAUACGCAACGGCUUUGCGCACCAUCAGGAGGACAUGGAUAAAAUUGAUGUGAUGUUGCUGUUUCCUGAUCUCUUUGGAGUAGUUUAUACAUUUGCCAAAAGCAACAAAUGGAAUUCCGAGACACCCCUGAAGGAAUUUUUCAAUACAAAGGUGAUUCCAGGAGACGACCUCACCAUUGUUACGUCCAAGACACCCCUGAAGGAAAUCUUAAAUACAGAGGUCAUUUCAAGAGACAACCUCACCGCUGAAGGCGUAAUGCCUCCCAAUAACUCUGAAGAAGAGUCUCUUCGCUCGCCAGUUCAAGAAUCUCAGCGCCUCUCCACCGAGCCAACUCAUAAAUAACAGCAGGUCUUUACUUAGAGGUAAGUGAGGCCUGACAUCACUGAGUUGAUUUAAAUAAAAAGCAGUUCAAUUCAAUGAAACCUGGAAAAGUGAAAUUAAGAAUUAGUUCCGUAAAUUCCCUUAUUUUGUUAUUGAUCUGGCAGUUCAAAGGGAAGUUUGGUUUCCUGUAUCUUGAUAUGUAAAAUCACAAGCCAGCUUAGUGAUUUUGAUUUGACCUUGACCUGUUUUUGCGUAAGAUUUACAAACGUGUCUGUCUAUGAGUUGUGUUUCUGGAUUCUUAUGUUAUGACAAUAUUAUUCUCAAGUAAUGUAUUUCUGGUUGCAGGAAAGUAUCUUGACACUUAAUGGUAACGUAAUGAUUAGUGUUUCUCUAAAGAAAUGGUGUUUGAUAAGAAAAACAUUUUGUGUCAUGGAAAUAAUGGUCAAAACCGCAUUUUGCUCUUAACACACUUCCCCCUGAUCAAUUCUGGUUUUUUUUUACUGAACAUAUAUAUUUUUUAAAUCAAGACACCAGUUAUUUAAAAAUAAAGAAAUGUAUCUAUUUUCGUGUUCUCAGGUAGAAUUAAAUCCAACAUCUCCAUCAGUGCCUCCUGUGGGUUUAAAUCCUGUGAGCAUACCCUGAAGUCCAGAUAUUGUAAUUUUAGGUUGCUCAUCAAACGAUGCGUCAUGGUGUGAUACGCUUUUGUUACAUUUUGUCUUUUUUAAAUAGUUGAAUAUGAUUGCAAUGUAAUUGUUUAUUGUUGAGCGUUGGAUAUCAGUCUUUUGAUGUGCAAUGAAGGUUUAAUCUCAAAACAUAUGCUUGUAGUUUAUAUGUUGAGAGGAUAGCAUGAUAUGCAAAAUUGAUAAUGUUGUUAUAUGACUUUUAAGGACGAAGAACGCUUUCAGGUUUAGGAUAGGAAAAGGGGACACAUAAAUCCAAAAUGCCUUAUGUGUUAAUGACCAAAUACUUUUUGUAAGAGCCAUUAUGCUCUCUUUUUGGCUGUUGUAGUUCCACUGGAGAACACUGGGUGGAGUAUGGGUUUAAGGUAUAUAGAUAAUCAGAGAGCAAGGGAGGCCAGGUGUCAUGGGGAAGCAAACAGUUUUUGACCGUGAGGACCAAGAAUCAUGGUGGACCGUAACUAUUGAUUGCAAUGUGUUUGAGCAUCAGAACUGAGCCAAAAUAAAGAAGAUAAAUGCA